GCGCGGAACUGAACGUGCGGCCUUUGGGAUGUCGGGUCCGGUGAUGGACGCGGGAGGGCUACUGAAGGGGGCCGCAGCCGUAGGAUCGCGAGCUCGACGGAAGCUUCUUACGGCGGAAGAGGCGGAACUAUUUGAACUUGCGCAGGCAGCGGGGAGCGGCAUUGACCCGGAAGUGUUUAAGAUCCUGCUGGACCUUCUGCGCAUGAAUGUGGCACCUUUGGCUGUCUUCCAGAUGUUGCGUUCCAUGUGUGCUGGGCAGAGAUUAGUUAGUACUGAGGCUACUCCUGAUACAGCACGAGAGCCCCCAAUUGUGUCCGCCAAGGCCAGUAAAAUCCCUGCACCACUCUCAUUUUCCUCUGUCCUCCGACCUCCACGAGUGAGAGUCCCCAAGGCUGUGGUCUACAGUCCUGCUGCAGCUUGCUCGCCUCUCUCUCAAGGGAGAGCCAGAACCAUUUCUACAGCAGCUGGGAACCAAGCUGCGUCAGAGCAUAGCAACCGAGAAGGAUCUGGUCAACGAGUACCACGGCAGCCAAGUGCCAGCAGGCUGCAGAAGACUGGGUGUCCUGUAAAAAAUACAUAGAUACUUAGACAAUGGCUAAAAAAUUGUUCUGAUGUUCCAAAAUGUCCAACAUUGCUCAUUCCAAGAAAGCCAGUGUCUAGAAUGUUACGGAAAGUCCUAACCAUUAAAGAAUAUAAUGAACCUGUCCAAAUUAUUAUUUUU